AUGUUAGUCUGUUACAUCCGAGAGGUUGGAAACAUAGAUGUGGAGAUUGCCUCCAUUAUGAAUAGGAAACCUAUAGUUCUCCCCAAGGAGCCUCGGAAGGAUCUUGAUACAAUGAAGUUGGGGAGGAUACGAAAGAAGGAUUGGAGUGUCGCUUUUCAAAUAAGAGAAAAAACCGAUGCAAAAUUUCAUAGAUUCUUCUUCUAUUUGUCAGAAAAGCAACUAUAUUCCUCCUCCUGUCUCGAAUAUAUCGUAGAUUUUUUGAGUCAGAAUAAAGCGAACAGUGUUGCGGAAAAGAAGUGUUUUUCGUACAUGAUCAAUCGGUACGUCCUAGUUCGCAAGACUUUAUUGGGACUCAUGUCGAAUUUGUUUAAAGUGAAAAAGCGCCAAUAA